GUCGUAACUCGUGUUAGGCUUUUUAGGUUAUGUUUGAUCAUUCAUUCUUUAUUGUAUUGCUGUUUUUUUAGUUAAUUCUAACGAUAAUUAUUAUAAUUGUUUUCAGAAAUGUCAGACGAAGAAGAUUUGAACUUUGCCUCAGAAAACUUUGACCCGAUCAAAGCUUUAUAUUCGGAAAAUGUUGAACCACCAAACCCAAGCGUACCUGUUUUGGAUAAUUUGUCGAAAUUUGAGUUAACUCCAGAAGGCGAAUUAAUAACAAAGAAGAUUGCUUCUAUCAAAGUAAAGGGUCAUCAGAAGCAUUGGUAACUUGAGAACACAAAUCCAGUGAGCACUUGAAAACAAUGGCAAAAUGGUCAGAACCCAACAUUGGUUCAACCGCAGCAGUUCCAGAAGACACAGAAUUAUCUAAAGUUGCAUCAAAAGUUCAGGAAAGCCAAUCAAAUCAACCGUCUACUUCAUCGGCUGGUCCUUCAACGGCUUCAACAACUGGUGAAGAGAAGGAGGAAAAACCGCCUGAAGAAACAAAGGGAGGAAAAAUGACUAUCGUGAAAAGGAAGAAACUGAAGAACGUUCUUACAAGAAUGGAGAAUAUGACCAAAGGCCCUCUCUCUAAAUUAAAAUUCUGUAUGGAUCAAAGACGAAGAGUUAAGAUUGUGACAAGGACCGGCCAUGGAGUACGAGGCACCCUGGAAGGAUUCGUCGAGGCUUUCGACAAGCAGUGGAAUGUGGCUCUCAGAGAUGUGCAUGAAGUGUGGGCCGCAUCCAAAACCAACAAAGCCAAGGCUCCUCCUGCUGUUGAAGGAAAGGAGCUCUCUCCUUCUGAUGCUGCAUUCAGACGUGAGAUGUUCGGAAUCAAAGUCCCCAGAGCUUCAUAUGUCAAUUCAACGAAAAAACGAGUCACCUUGGAGAGGCAUAUCGACCAACUGCUUGUCCGAGGAGAGCAAAUUGUUCUCAUCAUUGUUUGAUUGCAAAGUUAUAAUAGUCUUUGAAAAAGGUACUUUUUUCAUUUUAUUUUAAUUAAAAAUAGUCUGUAUAUAAAAAUAAGGUUUUUCGGUGAUUAUAAUGUUUACAAAUUGAUGAAAUGUUUCAAUGAAAUUGUUGAAAUGAUGGACUGACUGUGAAUCCAUCAUAAUAUUACUAUUACUAUAUGAUUCUGCAAGAUACAGCUUAUCAUCAUUACGAUCGAAUUAAUAUCAAUACGAAUAAAAUGUAUUUAUUUUUCAUUUUUAUAUAAAUCACUUUCAAAUUUUGCCAUUCAAAAUAUGUGUGUGAUAUUUUUUCAAAGACAACCUGUUCAGUUAUAAAACGCAAAUCAAGGCAACUUUUUACUUCAUUUUCUAUUUUGUAUAUUUAAUUUUUAUCUCAAGAGAUAAUCAUUAUAAUUUAUCAUUGACUUCGGCUGACGGAAGAAUGCCAAGCCAUAUGAACUAUUAAUAAAAACAUCAGUUAACUUUUAUUUUAUAUUUUACAAAUAUAAUAGAACUUUCUAUGAAAUUUUUUUCUUACAAAUUCAAUUGCUUCUUGUUAGAUAUAAAACUAUUUGAAAUUGUUUCUUGUUGAAUAAAAUUCAUGAUGAAAUGUUGAAAUUGUUACAAUCAAUCGUCACUCAUUCAUAAUAGAUUUCAUGAACCGAUUUUCUUAUGAAUAAAUCUUCUAUAUCUUAUUUAGAAAAAGUAUUUUUAUUUACACAUGAUUAAAAUUGUUUAAUUUACCUGAAAGUACCUUCACUAAAUCCAAAUCGAACUGA